AUGGCAGUCUUGAAAUACCUCAACAAAUUGCAAGGCAAAAACGUCCUAAUAUUCGGAGGAAAUUCCGGAAUAGGCUAUGCGGUCACAGAAGCAUUGAUAGAGCACAAUGCGAGGGUCACAAUUUGUGGAUCUAGGCCUGAGAAGCUUAAGGAUGCGGUCAGGCGUCUUCUAGCAUCUUAUCCAGAUGUGAAAGAAGGCCAAGUCAACAUGAUACAAUGUGACUUGUCACCACAUGAUGACCUGGAAGCUAGAAUUCGCCAAAUUUUACAUGAUGUUUCUUCAAAUGGAGAUCAAAAGAUCGAUCACAUUGUCUUUACAGCUGGAGAUACAAUGAAUGUUGCGGGCGGGAUUACAGGCACUGAUAUCGAUGUCAUCAACUCUUUGAUGGGUGUGAGAGUCUUUGCGCCUGCCCUAAUCGCCAAGGUUAUUGCCACGAGUGAAUAUGUAAACCAUUCGGCAACAAGUUCUUUUACCUUCACAUCUGGGACCGCCCACAUUCGUCCUCGCAAGACAUGGCCCAUGGUUUCUAUGUUUUCUGGUGCACUUCAGGGUCUGGCUAGUGGACUCGCAGUUGAGCUCGCACCAAUUCGUGUCAAUGUUGUUAAUCCUGGCUUCUUCCAAACGGAAUUGGCCAAAAGAUUGCCGACUGAGGUGUUGGAGGAGCGAAGAAAGGCUUCGCUGACGAAGAGACUGGGACAGCCGGAGGAUAUUGCGGAGGCAUAUCUCUACUACAUGAAAGAUACAUCGGCAGAUGGAACUGCGAUUCGCUCUGACUGUGGAACAGUUUUGUCGGGGUAA